AUGCCUCCCCAGACGGACGCUGCGCUGCCCGUUAGGCUGGCGGACUUGGGGGACGAGAUGGUGGGGCGGAAAGUGAGGGUUGCGGGACGGGUUCUGACUUACGACGCGGCGGCUGCGCGCAUCGUGCUCGCGGAGGGGCGGGCCGCGCUGGUGGUCGACGUGAGCGUUUGUCUCGACCCGUCCCGGCGCCAGGGGUGGGCGCGGGCCGGGAAGGAGGUCGUCAUGGUUCUUGGGUACUUUGAGCGCGUUGAGGGGGAUGGCGUGGGGGGUGGGCAGGGCAGGGUGCUCAGGGCUGUGUUGGUCGUCGAGGCGCCGGAUUUGGAUUUGGGGCUCUGGGGGAGGGCGGUUGGGGGCCUGAGGGAGGCGGGGGAAGAGCGGGAGGGCGAGGGUGUCUGGGGAGUCGGGUCGGGUUGAGGGUUUGAUGGGAGGUUUGCGCCCCUCGAGGAUUUGCGAAAUGGGAGGAUACUUGGAUGUGGGCUGGGAUGGGAGGCGCGAAUAUAGCAGGAGGGAAUAGGAAGGAGCCGCUCGGAGUUUGCGGAGAGCAAGUCCGUUGUCUUGCGUUGAGCAGGAGUGACAGAUGGGACGGCGUUACUCGCCGACCUCGACAUUCGCAGCAUUCUAGCUAGGAUCGUGCAGCUAGCACUUUUUCUUCACCCACCCUUAUCCUCCCUUUACAGGUUUACAUUAUUAUCAGGUUACUAAACACACCAUGCUCCGUCAGCUGUCUAUCCAC